AGAAAGGGCCCAGGGCUGGCUGAGGGCGGGGGACCCGGCCUCUGGGCUGGACACACCCUUAAGUGACGACACUCUGAGGGUGGCUUGGUCAACUGGUCCUGCCACUGCACUGACCACAGUUGUGUUGGGCUCACACCAGUGAAACGAGGCUCUCCCAGGGUCUGAGGAUUCUGUGAAGAUCUCACACUUGGGAUCAAGGCAAGGAUGCGUGAAAUCGUGCACAUUCAGAUUGGCCAGUGUGGCAACCAGAUUGGAGCCAAGUUCUGGGAGGUGAUCGGUGAGGAGCACGGGAUCGACUCAGCUGGGAGCGACCGCGGGGCUUCGGCCCUACAGCUGGAGAGAAUUAGCGUGUACUACAACGAGGCCUACGGUAGGAAAUACGUGCCCCGAGCGGUCCUGGUGGACCUGGAACCUGGGACGAUGGACAGUAUUCGAUCGAGCAGAUUAGGAGGCCUCUUUCAACCAGACAGUUUUGUCCACGGUAACUCCGGGGCUGGCAACAACUGGGCCAAGGGUCACUACACCGAGGGCGCUGAGUUGAUCGAAAAUGUGCUAGAGGUGGUGCGGCACGAGAGUGAGAGCUGUGACUGCCUGCAGGGCUUCCAGGUCGUGCACUCCUUGGGUGGGGGCACAGGCUCUGGUAUGGGCACACUGCUCAUGAACAAGAUCCGGGAGGAGUACCCUGACCGGAUCAUGAACUCCUUCAGCGUCAUGCCGUCCCCCAAGGUGUCGGACACGGUGGUGGAGCCCUACAAUGCUGUGCUGUCCAUCCACCAGCUGAUCGAGAAUGCAGACGCCUGCUUCUGCAUUGACAAUGAGGCCCUCUAUGACAUCUGCUUCCGCACCCUGAAGCUGACCACGCCCACCUAUGGGGACCUCAACCAUCUGGUGUCCUUGACCAUGAGCGGCAUAACCACCUCCCUCCGGUUCCCAGGUCAGCUCAAUGCUGACCUGCGCAAACUGGCAGUGAACAUGGUUCCCUUCCCCCGCCUGCACUUCUUCAUGCCUGGCUUUGCCCCACUCACAGCCCAUGGCAGCCAGCAGUACCGGGCCCUCUCGGUGGCCGAGCUCACCCAGCAAAUGUUUGAUGCCCGCAAUACCAUGGCUGCCUGCGACCCCCGCCGUGGCCGCUACCUGACAGUGGCCUGCAUCUUCCGGGGCAAGAUGUCCACUAAGGAAGUGGACCAGCAGCUCCUGUCUGUGCAGACCAGGAACAGCAGUUGUUUUGUGGAGUGGAUUCCCAACAACGUCAAGGUGGCCGUGUGCGACAUACCACCCAGGGGCCUUAGCAUGGCUGCCACCUUCAUAGGCAACAACACGGCCAUCCAGGAGAUCUUCAACAGGGUCUCUGAGCACUUCUCAGCCAUGUUUAAGAGGAAAGCUUUUGUGCACUGGUACACCAGUGAAGGGAUGGACAUAAAUGAGUUUGGUGAGGCUGAAAGUAACAUCCAUGACUUGGUGUCUGAGUACCAACAGUUUCAAGAUGCCAAAGCAGGGCUGGAGGAAAACGAAGAGGUCAUGGAGGAGGUGGAGAUGGAGCCAGAAGAUAAGGGAUAUUAACUGUGAGACAAGCCAUGCUGGGUGUCACUCACAGAGUGGUUGCUCAUGAGUUCCAUGUCUCUCUCGCACAUCCAGGCCUGUUUUGCACUACAGCACAGUGAAUACCACGCACUCAUCAUAGCUUUGACAUGGGGACUACGGGAGGGGGCGGGGAGACGCUGCCAGGCACUGGGUCUUCAUGACAUUUACUAACCUUAAGAGUCGAAUGUUCAAUGCA